CUUCCCCGCUAUCAAUGAUUCCCAAUAUUAUGAUUCACGAUACAAAAACCAUGCAUUUUAAACAUUUAAGAACUGUAGUUAGAUAAAAUGUUGAUGCCUGUAGCAUUUAGAUUAUAUCCAGUAGAGAGAUUGAUUCAAGGACUUAGAGUAUUAUUUAACGCAUUCUAUAAUAAAUAUUUAAAAGUGAAUAGUAAAGGAUGUCCACCAGAAGUACUGUACCUGAGUAAUAAUUACCUCAUUAUAAACAAACCAUUUGACGUUAAAAUUAAUAGUGAUAACUCCGAGGAAUACACUGUAGCCACUAAUUUAACAGACCAUUUCCCACAACUAAGUGAUGAGAAGUUAAGUCAUCAUUUCAGAUUUAAUCAUCGUUUAGAUUAUCCAACUAGUGGAGUGCUGAGUUUGUCAUUGAACAAGAAGGCUGCAGCUAAAAUACAGAAAUUGUUUCAAAAAAGAAAUAUAAGAAAACAUUAUUUAGCUUUGGUUGGUGGAUAUUUAUCUGAACCAUAUAUACUAGUAGAUAUACCAAUAGGAAAGGACAGUUUUGUGGACUAUAAACAUAAACAAUGUGCAUGUACGAGUGAAGGAUGUGUGGACAGUAAACAUGCUAUGACCUUGACAAUUCUUCUAGAAUAUGGAACAUACAAUGGAAUGCCAGCAUCCAAAGUUUUAAUGAUACCAUAUACAGGUAGAACACAUCAGUUAAGAGUACACUGCAACCUGAUUGGUCACACUAUUAUUGGAGACUAUACUUAUAGUAAUGAAAAGGACACAGCACCAUAUCGUAUGAUGUUACAUGCCUAUAGAAUGAUAGUACCUCUACAGGCGGAACCACUUGAUAUAAUGUCACCGGACCCAUUUCUAACAAGUGUAGAUCCUAAAUGGAAACCACAUAAAAUUAUUACCAAUUAUGAUGAAGUUGUAGAGGAAAACUUAACACUAAAGAAUGUUAAAGAAAAGAACAUAUCUAGUUUAACAUAUCAUACCAUGAAAAUUUAUAAUUUUCAUUUUGAAAAGAAUCCAUUAAAAGAGUUUUCGUUUUAUUUAAGUAUAUUUUCAUGAAUGUCAAUU